CGAUCAGCCACGACCCGGAGCGACAGGCUCUCCGCCGGGGCAAGGCCAGCCCCGCAGCCGAUCCAGGGACCGAGCGGACGCCGCUCCUUCCUUCCUUUCCUUCUUUCCCUCCAGCGCUCGGUCGGAGAGGACGGAGGGCGCUUGUUUACCGGGCGGAGAAGGAAACGGUAGCGAGCCGUCUUUUGUCUUGGAAGGAAGCAUCUCCUCGAUUUUCCCGGGGUCCGGGAGGCGCGCUUUGCUCGCUCCAGCCUCUUUCGCCCGGACUUCGGCUUCGGCCAACAUGUCUUGAGGUUGCGGCGGUUAAGAAAUGCCUCUGGCUGGAGCGGUCCCGGCGGAUGCCUUUGUAUGAUCGCCGCUGCCGCCGCCUUUGGCUCCCGACCCUCCUUCGGCGUGUGCAUGUUGUGAAAGGCAGCAGAGCUUGACCGCGGUUCGAAGCUGCCAACCUGGAAGAUCGGAGCAGAGCAUCGCGGCGGUGUUUUCGCCGUCCUUCUCCCCGGGGGCUGGCUCAGCCUGCUGGAUGGUAGCAGCAGCAGCGGCGACGUCUACGGCCCAAAUUGCCAAGCGGGCGACCUCCGGGGCGCUGUAGACCAGCGGCGGCGGCUUUGCCUUUGCAGGAUCGGGGGGGGUGCCCCGUGGUUCGCGUUUCUCCUGAACUGCUGGUUUGCCUUGAAUGUGUCGGAAUAUGCUCAUGAAGGAGUAUCGGAUCUGUAUGCCUUUGACAGUUGAGGAGUACAGAAUUGGACAGCUGUACAUGAUCAGUAAACAUAGCCAUGAGCAGAGUGAUCGUGGAGAAGGUGUGGAAGUGGUACAGAAUGAGCCCUAUGAAGAUCCAAACUACGGGAAUGGUCAGCUGACAGAAAAACGGGUCUAUCUGAAUAGCAAACUUCCAAGCUGGGCAAGAGCUGUUGUCCCCAAAAUAUUUUAUGUCACAGAGAAGGCAUGGAACUACUACCCAUAUACAAUUACAGAAUACACGUGCUCAUUUUUGCCCAAGUUCUCCAUUCACAUAGAGACCAAAUAUGAGGACAACAAAGGAAGCAAUGAUAAUAUAUUUGAUAAUGAAGCCAAAGAUCUUGACCGAGAAGUCUGCUUCAUUGAUAUUGCCUGUGAUGAAAUUCCUGAGCGCUAUUACAAAGAAUCCGAGGAUCCUAAAUGCUUCAAAUCAGAGAAGACUGGGAGAGGCCUAUUAAAAGAAGGUUGGAGAGAAACUCAAGACCCUAUUAUGUGCUCCUACAAACUUGUAUCUGUGAAAUUUGAAGUAUGGGGACUUCAGACUCGAGUCGAGCAGUUUGUUCACAAGGUGGUCAAAGACAUAUUGCUAAUUGGUCACCGACAAGCAUUUGCGUGGGUGGAUGAGUGGUAUGACAUGACUAUGGAUGAAGUCCGAGAAUUUGAACGAGCAACUCAGGAAGCCACCAACAAGAAAAUUGGAAUCUUCCCUCCGGCGAUAUCCAUCUCGAAUAUCUCCCUUCCCUCUUCAAUCCGCAGUACUCCUUCUAGUGCUCCGUCUACACCUCUGUCCACAGACGCACCAGAAUUCCUAGCGGUUCCCAAAGAUCGUCCGCGGAAAAAGUCUGCCCCAGAAACUCUCACAUUGCCAGAUCCAGAUAAAAAUCCUCUCUAAACCCAGCAUGGCUUUCUCUCCUUAUGACAAGCUAUGACUGACAGAAUAUCAUUUGCAAAUUUCAUGGUAGUUGUUUUGGUUUAAACAAAUAUUGAUCUGGAAUCAUGUGUUUCCCAUCCCCCCAUUCCCUUAGGCUUCCCCUGAAACUAGUUAGCUAAAUGCAUGCAAGGUCAUAGUUCAUGUGCUCUGAUUCCCAAACUAAAGCUGUAAGCCAUAAUGACAAAUGUUGCUAUCAACCCAGAAUGAAGUAGCUUGUAAAAAAAAAAGCAGUCUCUUGUAGUGAUGGCUGCAAGCAGAAGAUCUAAAAUUGCAGUGUUGAUGACUGAAGGGGGUUACAGGGAUUUGAUGAAGCUGGCGAGGACAUCCUGAGAGAAUGAGGUUCUCCUUAGCUAGAUUUCUCAUUUCAAGCCAUUAUAUCUCCAUUUCUGAAAUCCUUUUUUACUCUCAGGCCGAAUGCACCUUAAAGUAAACCUUGGAACUGCUGAUUCACUGAUCAACACUUGAAUACUAAUAGAUUCAGAUUCCUUUUUACAGAAUACAACUCAGGAUUUGGAUGUAGCUAAUGCACACUUUAAGCUCUUCAGAAAUUAAAGAACCAACGUGCUCUAGCUUUGUCUUAAAUUAUAAUCAUUUUGAGACCCUGGAACUAUUUGUAUCUUGCACAAAAAUUUGUAACUCCUUUUUAUUCUGUGCUGUUGUGAAAUUUUUCUGUGUUGGUUUUGGAGAAUUGGGACCUAUUUCAGGAAGAAAAAUGGAAACACAAACAAAUAAAAUAGGCUCCAAAGUCCAAAUGGGACAAAUAUAUCCCAAGAAACAAUGCUAUUAUUAAUUCAUACUUCAAUUCAGGUCUUCUGAGUUCCUAUGAAAUUAAUGAAAGUCAAGAUUGAAAACCCCAUUAAAAAGUCAGCCCAUUUUUUGCAACAUUGUAAGCAGUCAUUCAUCUAUUCAACAACUUGAAGUUUUGCUGAAGGUGAACGUGCUGGCCUGUUAAAAGCAGCAGAUUAUAGCAUAAAAUAUGUUAGGCUUACUGUGCAGAUUCUUUCCCUCAUUUAAAAAUCCUGCAUAUGUAUUUGAAUGUGUGUGUGUGUGUACAUGCAUACAUAUAUACAGGAUUUUUAAAAUGAAAUCCACACACACACAUACAAGAUUUUUAGAAUCUAUAAAUAUAUGAAAUAGUGAACACACUGUAAGGCCGAGCCAUGAAUAAAAUUAAGAAAGAAAACUUGGGGAGAUCCUAAUGAAAAAGUAGGUUUACCAGUAAGUCUAAUAUAUCAUGCUCAAGAGAGACAGAUUCAAUGCUUUGUCCCAAAAAGAUACUUUUUUUCAACUAUGCUCAUUAUUAUUAUUUCCUUUGAAUGCAGGUAGUCCUUGAGUUCCAACUGGCUGCUUAGCAAUUGUUCAGACUUAGGACAGACCACCUCGGGGAACUUACAACCUGGCUCCAAAGUUCCAACAGCUAUACUCCUCCCCUCCACCACUGUGGUCACAUGACUGAAUUUCAGCCACUCAGCAACUGGCCUGUAUUUAUCGCUGUUUGUAGCGUUCCACAUCCCAUGACCACGUUUUAUGACAAUUUUUGCCAAAAAGUGGCAUUUGCUCCUGUUUUUGGCAAAACCUACCCAUAGGAAACAAUUGGUUUGCUUAACAACCAACUGCAGAAAAGGUCAUGAAAUCAGGUCAGUCAUGUGGGUGACCGCUGUACAAUUGUCACAAUUUACAACCAUAAUGGACAGCUCCAUUACACUUGUAAGUCAAAGACCACCUGAAUUCAAAAUGAAAAGGAAAACAUGGUGCACUGCUACAGUUGACAACUCAUUCAGAAGCCUCCGUCUAGUCCUUGUUUAAGAGCAGAACAGUUUAUGUGGGAAUCUUCUGACAGAAAUAAAAACCUGCCAGCUU